AUGGAGGAGAAGAAGAAACGGAGCGACGAAGACGCCAAGUGCAACGACAGCGACAAGAGAUUCUCAGUGAAGUGUAUCAAGUUUAAAAUCGAAAGUUUCGUGAGGACAGCUUCGGCUCAGGACGUUUACAACGUCAGCGAGUCAGUGCAGAUAGUGAAGAAGAAGGAGGCCACUGCAUCGUCGUCGUCGCUGUUAGACGCGCUGCGUAGGUUUGCCAAUAGCCAUGUGCUCAAGAUCAAGCUCUCGGACGCGAACGAGCUCGCACCGAGAAUGUUCUUCGGCUCUCCCGCACUGGGACAGAAUACAUUUUUAACGGGCUUCGGGCUUGGUUUUCUAGCGUUCGGCAUCAAGAAGCUGCUGCUGCCCCUGUUCAUCGGCGUGCAGAUAGUCAAGAGCAUACUCAUCGCCCUGUUCCUGCCCAGCAUCAUUGGCAGCCUCGGCAAGAUCGUCGGAAAAAGUGUAACCUCGUUCGCGCAGUCGUCGCACAGUCCCGGCCUGGGUGGCGCCGGCGGCCAGCCCCAGUACGACGAUCAGAACUACGAGUUCAAGGACCAGGCCGACGCCGCCGCCACGGCCUACGGCGAGGACUACAUGGCCCGACAGCCACUGGGUACUCUGCCGGCCUCGGCCAUGUACGACGAGAGCAUGCUGCAGCAGACGACCAAGUCGCCGGCGGAGAUCGCCUCGAGAUUCGCCUACGUCGGCAUGAACGACCAGUCGUACUCGCGGAUCCAGGCGCAGAGGUAUCAGCAGGCCAAGAGACAAGAUUACAAGGUAUUCCAAGAGAUCCCGACGAGCUCGCUGAUGCUGACCAACUACGAUCCGUUCUACUCGCCGCUGCUGUCGCGCCUCGACGCCGUCUUCAGUCGGCUCGGCCACGACACCGAGGGCUGCCGCGAGUACGCCGUGUGCGCCAUGUAUCGCAGCCCGGCGCGCUACGCGCCCUACUCCAAUCUGGUCUCGGCCCAGCUGUCGCGCGAGCUCAACGAGCUGCGCAAGCCCAGCGGCGACAAUCCCGACGUGCUGCGCUUCUUCCGCUACAUGAAGGCCGCCAAGGACGGCCAGGACGGGGUGGCCUGCGAGGCCGCCUACGCCGACUGCGACGAGGCCAAGGGCGACCAGACGAUAAGGCAGAAUCAGGCGAUGCUGGCCACUUAUCAGGACAUAGACAAGCUCGUGCACGCGCGAAAGCUUUAGUAGUUGGAAGUAGCAGUAGUUGUAGAGAUUCGUUGAGCAGAGAGAGUGA